CCCGCUUCAAACAUGGCGGCAGCCGCCGCCAACGUCCACUGAGGUGUUUCCCACGGUCUCUUUGCCCACUCUAAAGAUGGCGGCUGCGGCGAGCCUGAGGAGAGCGGGUUGGGGGCUGCUGCGCUGCCAGGCGGUCAUCAGACGCCAGCUGUACCCAGCCCAGCGUGCCCUCCACGCUGCCACUGUGUGGAGGAGAGUUUUGGAUGAGCCAAAACAGCAGCCCCCGCAGUAUUCCGCCCAGCAGCCUUCAGACUCUCAGCCAGGGGGAGAACAGCAUGAUCAAGAGCCUCCGUAUUCACGCCCCAGUUACACUGAUCAGGGUGGUGAAGAAUCGGAAGGCUAUGAGAGUGAGGAACAGCUGCAGCUUCGGAUCCUGACAGCAUCUCUCGAGUUCGUGCCAACUCAUGGCUGGACAGUGGAUGCCAUUGCUGAGGGUGCCAAGUCACUGGGUCUCUCUGUUGCUGCAGCAGGGCUCUUUCAGAACGAUGGCAGUGAACUGGUCCUGCACUUUGUGUCCCAUUGCAAUUCCCAGCUAUCUGAACUUCUGGAGGAGCAGCACAAGCUGGUGCAGCUGGGUCAGGCAGAGAAGAAGAAGACAGACCAGUUUUUAAAGGAUGCUGUGGAAGCCAGACUAAGGAUGCUGAUUCCAUAUAUUGAGAAAUGGCCCCAGGCAAUCAGCGUGUUGUUGUUGCCGCACAAUAUCCCAGCCAGCCUGAACCUCCUCAUGAGCAUGGUGGAUGACAUGUGGCACUACGCAGGAGACCAGUCCACUGAUUUCAAUUGGUAUACUCGCCGGGCUGUACUGGCUGGCAUCUACAACACUACAGAGCUGGUGAUGCUUCAGGACACCUCCCCUGACUUUGAGAACACCUGGGCUUUCCUAGAAAACCGAGUAGCCGAUGCCAUGAACAUGGGUCACACAGCUAAGCAGGUGCAGGCAACGGGAGCGGCGCUUGUCCAGGGCCUCAUGGGUGCUGCUGUGACUAUAAAGAAUCUCACAGGACUGAGCCAGCGUCGAUGAGGCAGGAGAGCUGGGAGAAGACCCAUCGUGGAACAGCAUGGAAGGAAUCCUAUCAUGAGAACGCUAAACUGUCACACGUCUUUUAGUGCUGUUAAAACACCCAACACAGUUCACCAGCCUGGUCUGGAGCUAUAUUUUCUGGGCCAUGUAAAUCAUGCCAGAUUUUUUUUUCUCUUGAUCCCAACGAAAAAUGAUGUGCAGGCUCCAUUUUAUAGAAAACUUGUGUGAAUGCGAAUUUCUGAGUUUCACUCUCCCUAAUAGAACCAGUGUGUACACCAUUCGCAUCUUUGAAAAGGAUGAGAAGUAGUCGCUUUGUGCUAUGCAAAGCUGUUUAUUUUUUUCUUCCCUGGCUGUGAAGGCACUGCUGGAGGUGCCUGUUAAGAUAUUAGAUCCUCUUUGUUUCCCAUUCUUUUCCUGGCCUCCAAGGUGACAGUAAUUGUGAACUCAAAGUCCAUCCCACUAAUGGCUCCUCAUUGAUGAGGUGGGUCAACCCUCUUUGCGAACGUGCGUCUCCCUCUAUUCCUGGAUGCCGACAUGCCUGUAAAUUGCUUAGAAGUGUUUGUAUAAAACAACAUUGAAAUGGUUCCCUCAGCAAUAGCUUACAGCUACUUCACGCUGAGAGUGCUUUCACUAUGCUGUUGGCAAGGAGCUUCUGCUGCAGUUCAUGCUCCAAGCUAAACAUGCUGCCGGCGAGACUGAAGAAUAUACCCGUGAGGCUUUGCCACAUAACCACCAUCUGGUCUGAACUGCAUCCUCAGUGACUUACCUGUAUGAUGUUAGCAUGUCAGUGAUCUGCAUCCUAGGUGGGUUUCACUGGUAUGCCAAGGUUGCUAGACACAAGCAAAAUUACACAAAUAAAUCCCCCCCCCUCCCGUGAGCAUCAAGCUUAGGUCAGGCUUGGCACUGCUAGCAGCCAGAGACUGCAGGAAAGGAGGCAUACAGUCUGCCCUAAGGCUUGAGAUAGUUUCUGGGUUAAAGAGGGCUGCUUCACACCUCUGUGUUCAUCUUUUGAUGAUUAGUAUCUGUGAAUGGGCCAACAGAGAGAAUCUAUAUUCCACAUACUGCUUCAAGCACAGAGCCAUUCAGUGGGGUUCGUUGGCACAUUAGCUACCAGUCACCCAGUAGUCUAUAAAGUCGCAUGCUUGUUCAUUGGCAUCGGGUGGUAUUAAGCCUCUUUCGAAACAGCAUUACUGGCUUCCAGAGGAAAUUCAGGGUCCUGGUUAUUCCCCUGUAAGGCCCUUCACAGCCUUGGAGCCACAUUCUCAAAGGACCGAUUUUCCAUCUGUGAGCCCACUGAAGGCUGCUCAACAGCCCACUGACUCGGCAGCCAGAUACAACGAGGAACGCACAUGCCAUUUUGCUGGUGUCCCUAGUUCAGUGG